AUGACAAGCGGCAUGGCAAGUCGUGGAGAAGAAAAGAAAAAAGACGGGAGGGAGAAAGGCGCGGGCGGAGGCACAAGGCGUGCUGGGAGAGCAAGAAAGCGACCGUACGGGUCCAACUCACCAAGACUAUCAGCACAAGCAGCGAUGAGGGCUUUGGAUCACGAGGAAGAAGAAGGUCACGAGGAAGAGGCGACGCUAUCUAUCGAGGCAAGGGCGACCAAGAGCGACCAAGGGGCCACUUGGAAUCCAACCGAAACCUGGCCCGCCCCCGCCCGGCGAAUCAGCGCCGGGGCUGAUCACUCGCCAGCCUUCCCCACUCGCCAGCCUUCCCCACUCGCCAGCCCCAAAUCCCUCCCACCACCAGAGCACACUGUGCGUCCAUUGAGUCUGAGUGGAUCACCGCCUUCUCCCUGUUCGCUCGCUCUCCCACUCACUCACUCUCUCUCUCUAUCCAUCCCUGUCCCGCAUCCCCGACCGCAGUCGUCGUCGUCCAUCACGGAACAGGAACAAGGACGCGGCGUCGCGCUUUGUGGUCCGAGGCCGAUUGACCGCGCCGGACCAACAACCUAUCCACCAUCCAUCCAUUCAUCCAUCAUCAUGCCAGUUCCCGUCCUGCUUACUGCCCAUGAACCAGAACCGCCAUUGUCCAUCAUCCAUCAGGCCCGCCUGCCCGCCCGCUGCCCGCCUCGCAGUCGCCCAGGCCCAGUCCAGCCCGGCCACUGCACGGGUGACACCCCUCCACCCCCUCUAGACUCCCCUUGGCUCACCCGACAUCUCCAGCAAGCAUUCACAUGGCUGGGUCAGAAACAGACGUGUGGCAUGUGA